UUUGGGGCGGAUUUGGAUCCGGUUUUUAGCGAAUCCGGUUUACGAUCCGUUAUCAAAUCCGAUUUGAAAUAUAGGAUUACAAUCCGAUUGAAAAUCCGGUUCUGGAUUGGAUCUGAUUUUGAAUAGUGAAACCGGUUUUUGUGCGCAUCUCUAGUAGUGUUUAACAAAACGCUACUGAAAUCAAUUUUCAUAAUUGCCCUUAAAAUAUAUUUAUAUAUUUAUUUAUUUUGAAACGAUUAUCAUUUUAUGUAAUUUUACAUAUUUCAAAAUAUUCCAACAUGUUUUGCCAAAUAUUCAUAUAAAGUUAUUGUUAGAGUGUCUAUUGUAUUAUGUUUAUAUUGUUCAGCCCAUUUGUAUUUUGUAUUAGCCUAGCCAAUUUGUAUCUAUUUGUACGUGUAUAUAUUUUGAUAUCAAGAACAUGUUUUGGUUAUAGGAAAAUACUCUGUUAUCAUGGUAUUAGAGCUGUAGAAUCUCUUCCUUUUUUACCUCCUUCUUUCUCUCUAACCCUAAAGGUCUCUAACUUUCUCUUCUUCCUCUCGUCUGCCUCUUGACUUCUAAUCUCAGAUUCCUUCUUCUUUCUGUGUGCAUCAUGACUGGAGGAGAAGUUCCCACCAAAGAACUCUGCAUUCACGUCAAUCACAGAAAAACCAUAUGGUAUUGCUAAUAUACGUUCAUCCAUCCCCAUCAUUAUUGAUCUUGAUAGAAUGAACUAUGACUCUUGGAGAGAGCUUUUUGAACUCAUUGCUAUGGCUUUGGUGUUGCUCAUCAUCUUAAAGAACCAAAAAACCCAGCUUCUUCCGACAUGGACGAAUGGCAGCGCAUCGAUAAUAUAGUCAAAAUGUGGAUAUAUGGUACUCUCUCACCCUCUCUCCUUCAGCUGUCUUCUAAACGGAAACCUAAUACCCUUGCACUAUGGUGCUAUCUCGAAUCUCUCUUCCGAGCCAACAAAGAUUCGAAAGCUAUGCAACUCGACACUGAGUUACGCAAUAUAUCCAUGGGCAAUUUAUUUGUUACUGAGUAUUGCACAAAGAUCCAAACCCUUGCUGAUCUUCUUGAAAAUCUCGAUGCUGAAGUUCCUAAAAAGAACAUUGUGAUUUAUAUAAUAAAUGGUUUAUCUCCUAAAUAUGAUCAUGUUGUAAGUAUGAUUAGACAUCAGAAACCACUGCCAUCAUUUUCCGAUACUCGUUCCAUCUUACAAGUUGAAGAACAAUGCAUUCAGUUAAAUCAAAAUCGCAAUCCGGGUGACUCAUCUUCACCCACCGUUCUUCACGCCGGAUCUCCUUCGGGUCCGCCCUAUUUUUCUCGCAACAACAAUAUUGGAGGACGUGGAGCUCAUGGUGGCAGAGGUAAUCGAGGAGGAAGAAACGGCGGAAAGGGCGGUCGCCAUGGAGGUUCUGGUCCGCCUCAAAACAUACCUGCUCGAUGGGGAUUUGGGUGGUAUCCGCUCCUAGUCAUCACUGGAUCGCUUUUAUCCUCUCAACAUGCCGGCCUACUCCCCCUUCCUAUCCAACAUCGACCAACUACUCAGCAGCCCACCUGGCCCAAUAACUCUCAACAACAACAAUACUAUCAAUCUAGGUUAUCCCAUAACUCGCCACAGCAGGCCUUCACUACCUCGAUUCAACAACAAUCUCAGCCUACUCCUCCUUGGACAUGGUUCGGCCCACCUACUACUCCCCAACAACAAAGUCAACCAACUUCUCUCCCAGAAUUUUUUUAGUUCAAUGUCAUUAAAUGACCCAAGCAAUAACGGUUGGUAUAUGGAUACGGGGGCCACGAGUCAUCUUUACUCAGAAGCAGCUCUGGUGAUCUAUAUCCUGUUACAACCUCAACAACUCAAGCAUGGCUUUCUCUCAGUCCAACUCUUUGGCAUCAACGUCUUGGUUAUCCCGGUCGUCCCAUUUUACAACAUUUAGUUUCUCGUAAUUUGCUUCCAUGUAAAAACUCUAAAAGUUUGCACUUAUGUCAUGUGUGUCAACUUGGAAAACACACCAAGUUACCUUUCUAUUUGUCUGAUUCUGUUUCUAAUGCUCCUUUUGAAUUAAUUCAUUCUAAUGUUUGAAUAUCUCCACUUACAAGUACUAGUGGAAUAAAAUACUAUGUUAUUUUUAUUGACAA